UCCGGUUCCCAAACAUGGCCUAAUUGACCAAAAGCUCAAAUUAGGUACAGGUGUGGGAUGAACGAGUUGACUCAGUUUUGAGUUGGGCCUUUAGUCUUUAAUUUUCGAAGAAGAUGACCUCCUGGGGUCGACAACUCUUUGCUGGUUCUCACAGCAAGGACAAGUUUGUCCUUGCUAAUACUGAUGGGAAUAGAAGAGAGAGUCUUCUGGGCCAGAGAGAGAUUUUCAAGCAGGGGCGAAUUCAAGUGGACAUAUGGGAAAUAUGUCUUCUAGUGUUCCUGCUGGUUCUAGACAUAGAUACCCUGAUCUUGACAAUGACGAUGUAUAUGUUCCAAUUGUUGAUAUGAGGUAUCCUCAAGAAAACAAUAAAGUUCCUUUGGAUGCUACAAUGGAUACUAUGAAAAACAAUGUCACAUAUGCUCCUAAUGGAAAUUGGGAAUCUGCUAAAAAUCCAAUGGACUUUCCGUAUUAUUAUGAGUUUUGGUCCCCUCCUGUCCGUGCUGCUAAUCCUGAAGAAGAGAGCACUCCUGCUGCCACCUCUUCUCCUGAACCUGCAGGUUUUGCCUGGAGAUUCAAUCCAUUUAACACCGAGGUUUAUGAUGUCUAUAAUCACUAUAAUUACUAUUCUCAGGACAAUAUAAUUGGUGACAGAGCUGAGAGUGAUGAUUCUGAAGUAAGAAAAACCAGGGAGAAAGAGGGGAUCCCUGAUUUGGAAGAUGAUACUGAUCAAAGUAUAGUGAGGAAAACAAGAUACAAGAAGAAAUCAUCAGAGAAAGAUACAAGUGGGGACACUGGUGCUGACCCAAAGAAUGAUGAUCACGUACAGUCAGAACAAGAGAAGGAUUCAAAAAACAUGCCUGACACCGUUGAAGAAAAUGCCAUGGCAUGUUCCAGCUCCCGUGGAUUGAUCAAAAUAGAACAAGAGAAAGCAAUGGAGGAAGGUGAGAGUUCAGACGAGGCCCAGUCAUUCACCUGCAAUGGUGAAUGUCCCGAAACAGAUAUCCAUAGUCCAUGGGGUCUUCAGCAAGCAGUAAAUGAAAUCAAGAAUGCAUUUGAGACUUCUUUCAACUAUGGUCAAGAGGUUUCCAUAUUGCUUGAGGCAGGCAAGCUGCCUUAUCAGACUACGGGUGCCAAAUUUAAAGUAUUUGCCUCUCAGCUUGUAAGUUUGGCAGUUCCUUUUGCAAUGUCUUCACAGCACCCAGCUUUUGUUCACUCAAGUAGAUCUGCUGCCAACAAAAUGAAGUCAGCCAAAGUUGUGUGUGAAAAUUAUAAGGAAGUUGACAGAAAAUCCGAUCACCUGUCAUCCACUUUGGAGAAGCUGCAUAUGUGGGAGAAGAAACUCUACGAGGAGGUUAAGCUUGAGGAAAAACUCCGUGUGUCUUAUGAUAAGGAGUGGAAGAGGUUAAAAAGGCUAGAUUAUAGAGGUGCUGAGUCCAGUCAGAUUGAUAGGACACAAGCUUCUGUCAAAAGUUUGCUUUCAAAAAUUAAAGUUCCUGUCAGUGCGAUUGAGGCAAUAUCGAUCAGGAUUCACAAAAUAAGAGAUGAAGAGCUGCAAUCCCAAGUGAAUGAAUUGAUUAUCGGAUUGUCAAGAAUGUGGAAGCUCAUAAUCAAGUGCCACAAAAAGCAAUUACAAGCAAUUAAAAAUGCUGAAAUAUAUGUGCAUAUAGCUGGUAUGCACACUCGCAAAGGUUCACGCUUAAAGGCUACUAAAAACCUAGAGAAAGAAACUUGGAAAUGGGCUGCACGCUUUAGUCACUAUAUUAAAACCCAGAAAGCUUUUGUGUCAUUGUUGAACAACUGGCUUCUGAGGUACAUAUCUGAGGAGUUGAAAACUCUACAUGAAGCUGAUCGAUUGUCUCCAAACCGGAUAGGAGCUCCUGCUAUUUUCAUUGUUUGUAAUGAUUGGCACAACACAAUUCAGAAUAUUUCAGAAGAUGGAGUGUACAAGGCCAUUCAUGGUUUUGCCUCAAGCUUACACCAUUUACAGGAGAAGCGAGAAGAAGAACGCCGGCAGAGAAUUAAAACUGAACAACUUUUGAAGGAUUUAGAGGAUCAAUUUGAGAAAGAUGUUAUAGUCGCGAUGCAGGAGAUGUUAGAUGAACAAAAAGUGACACAUCAAGAAGCUAUUAAACUAGCCAAUGAUGCUGCUUCAGAUUGCUUGAGAAUUAGUCUGCCUCCUGUUUUUGAGACUUUAGAGAGCUUCUGUCUGGAGAAUUUGAAAGCUUAUGAGAAAAUCAGAAUACCAAAUGCAAGUACAAGCAGAUAAUGAGGUGAAUUGCUUACCCUCUUCUUUUUAUUAUUAGUAUUAUUCUUUGAAUGUCCAGAUUGGAUUGGUCUAUGCAAAAAAGAAAUCAAACGAAAAAAAUAGUGGUUACCGAGUAUAACCAGUUAGCAAUUUCACUUCUCGUAUACAAAUCAAAAUUUUGGGGAGUUAUACCUAGUUUAAAUGGGUGUUAUAUUCAGAAAUAUACAAGAUGUUGAAAAAAAAAUCAAAAUCUCCUUGAAGUUCUAACAUCUGUGGAUGUCUCUGAAUAGAAAUGAUAGAUGUGGACAGUGAACUUCAUUGAUCUUUGACAGAAGCAUUUCAAAAUGGAAUGUUGGUAAACCAUGGUCAGUGGUAUACGUAGUUGAGGCGUCUCUUUAUUUUCUCUUGUAUUGAUAUAUUCUAUUGAACGUAUUAUUAGUUCAGAACACAGCAAAGGGCAGUGACUACAGCCCCUAAGUUACUGAUUCCUAGCAUCCAUCGUUCUGUAGAGGUUUCACAUAAGUUGGGUUCAAAACCAAGUUUCGUAUGACUUGAAUGAUAGGAUUAGAUUGAAUAUUCAAGCAUUUCUGUUUAUCAAAUCAUUGGAAACGAGUAUUUUUGUGGAGCAUCAAAUUUUUGGUUAUUGCAUGUUAGUCUGGUAUUGCCUCCUUACAUCACGUUGAGGUUCUCAUGGAAUAUUAGAGAAGCAUGCAUGUGAUGUAUGAGUAGUUAGAGGAGG